AUGGUGGAAGGAGCUCCCUUGAAAACCCGUGCCGACAAGCCCCCUCCUCCGCAGCUCGCAGUCAAAAUGCUCUCCCCCAUCUUCCAAAGCUUCGCCCGUCGGAAGGAGAAGCAGUCCCACGUUCCGGCGGAAAAGCGCACGCUCAGAACGUCCCUCACCGGACCGGACUUCCACCGGAGCAUGCUCACGGAAUUGGGCGUGUUGUACGGACGCGAAAUCACGAACGUGGUGCGGAAUCCGGCGCUGCUCGCGCUGCAUCUGUUUGUGAGCCUGCUCAUGGCGCUGCUCGUCGGGGGGGUGUUCCAGAACGUGAAGGACGACAUAUCUGGAAUCCAGAACCGGCAGGGCGCGUUCCUCUUUUCGGUGGCCUUCUUCUCGCUCGCGAGCCUGAGCGCGUUGGAGGCGUUCAUCACGGAGCGCAUUAUCUUCACGCAAGAGGGCUCCGGCAAAUACUACCGCACCAUCAGUUACUUCCUGCCUAAAAUCACGCUCGACGCGCUCUUCCUGCGGAUCCUUCCCGCCGUCGUCUACUCAUGCAUCAUGUACUGGUUGAUGGGCCUGCGCCCGGACGGCGCCAAGUUUUUGCUCUUCCUGAUAAUCAUGGUCAUGGUGGCUAUGACGGCGGGCGAGGUCUGCUCCUGCAUCAGCCUCAUCACCGCGUCCGUCGGCGUCGCAAACUUCCUGUCGAUCGUCGUUAUGCUGCUCAUGAUCCUUUUUACAGGCGCGCUCGUCAACUCGGACAAGAUCACCCCAGGCCUCCAGUGGCUGCUCAAGCUGUCGUUCCUCAACUACGCGUUCGAGGUGCUGAUGACCAGCCAAGUCGAGGGCCUCACCAUCCUCUUCCAGCCCUCCGGCUUCCCCAAGCCCGUCCCCGUCAAAGGGGAGGUCGUCCUGGACACCCUUGGCCAGCACAGCGAGCGGCGAACCGCCGACACGUGGGCGCUUCUCGCGAUGGUUGUGGGCUACUUGUUGCUGGCGUGGCUCCUCCUGAUGCUGCGGGUGUGCAUGGCCUCCCGGCUCAAAGUGCACAAAGACCGCGCGCCACCUCCGGCGGUAGCGCCGCCCGUAGAGAGCGCUGGUGACGUGUAG